UGUCAGUGGGGUGAGUCGUUCGUAGUGGUGGAGGCAUUGCCGUGGAUGCACUGGUGGGUGAGAGGGGAGACCCUGUAUUAAUUCCUAGCCGAGACGGGAAGCCAGUGGAGAAUGAAGGUGAUGUGUUCAUAUUUUCUUAUGCUCUCACCAGGAUCUUAGCAGCAGGCUUUGGGGCAUUUUUCUUUGUUUUUCCCCCCUAGAGUGUCACAAAUGCUGUGGAACCACCAACUUCUUGCAGUACAAGAAAUAGUCUCUUGCUAGCAGGCAUGUAGCAGCACAUAACUUGUGGCAGGGCUGUUGAGGCCACCCCCUUGCAUGCACUGUGCUUUCCUCAGUCAGUGCAGAUUAUUGCAAGAGAAGAAGCACACCACAGUAAGACCACUGAAGUCAAGUCACCCUACUGCAUUUGAACCCAAGGACUACAUCCAGUCAAGUAUAUUUUGAUGAGAUCACUAAGAUGAUGUGUUGACCCAACCAUGGACAAGAUUACCUUCUGCAUGAACACAGUCCUGUCAGAUGUGCACCUAUUGCUGCCCAACACCCGCCACUUGAUGACCCGCCUUAACGGUGUCGGCCAACCAGUCUUCAUUUCGAAGUUGAGACUUCUGAAGGAGCUCGGCUGCAGUGGGUCCACUCCAGAGAGGACUGCGAAUGGCAGCCCCUCCAGUAUCUCCAAGGUACCCCUGGAUGAUGGCAGAGACCCAGAUGUGGUGAGGAGGCCCAGAGAUGCCUGCUCAGAUGGAGAGAGGGUGUGUCCCACCGUCCUCAACCAGGCUCUGGGUGAUUCGGCAGAUGGCUGUGAGGAAGAGGAAGAGGAUGAGGAUGAGGAUGGGAAAGAUGCACCUCGGGAUGUCAUUACAAUUGAACACACAAUGGCUACCCCACUGGAAGAUGUUGGAAAACAGAUCUGGCAAGGAGCUUUUCUUCUGGCUGACUUCAUCCUGUCACGGCCAGCUGAGUUCCAGGGAGCCACCGUUCUGGAGCUCGGGGCCGGUACUGGACUCACAAGUGUCGCCAUGGCAACACAGGCCAAAAUGGUGUAUUGCACAGAUGUGGGCCAGGACCUGUUGAGUAUGUGUGAAAGAAACAUGAUGUUAAACCAACAUCUUACUGAAGCCAAAACAAGCGAGGUGAGAGUCAGACAGCUGGACUGGAAUGGGGAGAAUUUCUGCACAGAUGCUGAGAUACCCUUUUCCUGGACUGAGGAAGAGGUGUCUGACCUACACAACGGGACAUCAGUGAUAAUGGCCGCAGAUGUGUGCUAUGAUGACGAAGUCACCGACGUCUUCUUCAAGACGCUUUACAGGAUAACCAGCAAUCUCCGAAACUCCAGCACCAUCUAUGUGUCCAUUGAGAAAAGGUUCGACUUCAUGCUGAGGCACAUGGACGUGGCCUGCGAGGCCUACAUCCACUUCCGCCGCUGCAUGGAGGAUCUCUGUGGCAUGCACGACGACAAGAUGGAGUAUCGCGUGGAGCAGGUGCUCAGUCCCAUCCCUCAGCUCUUGCAGUACGAGAGGGUGGAGCACCUGGAGCUGUGGAAGAUCACUGCAAAACAAAAAUGAACUUUGUGACCUGACCUCACACAUCUCCGUGUCUCCUGGUGCUUGAUACUGAUAUUGUGAGAUUAAUGUUAAAACUCUGAAGAGAAAAUGAAACACGUACAUUUUCAGAAGGCAUAUGUCAAUGAUGAUAUGAUUGAACAAUCCUGGCUAUGCUGUUGAAUUAAUAUGUUAAUUUAUUAAUAUGUAUUUUUGAAGGCAGAUGGAUGAAGGCAGAUGCUUACACCUUGUCAUGAUUGUCUGAAUUGCAGUGUCAUAUUGUCAAGGGAAUGGUCAUUUAGGCCACUAAUUGUAUUAUUCAGCACUGCAGGUUUCUUUCAGUUGAUGACAUAUAUCCUAUGUCCAUUUGGAUGGGAUUGUCUUCGAAGAUAAUCGUAGUUGCAAGUGCAUGUAUUGUUUUUUCUGCCUUCAGUGUCAAGAAAAGUGCUUUUAAACAGAAAACAGUUCUGUCAUUUUCCUAUAAUUGUGUACAAUAAAAACUAAAAGGUU